UUGUCUUCCCCGCCCUGAUCGUUUCCACCUGUUCCCCAUUACCCUGUGUAUAUAUUGUCUGCGUCUCCCUUUGUCCUGUGCCGAAGUGUUUUGUCUCCUGUAGCGUUCACCAAAGCCUCAGUUCAUAGCCCACAGCCACAGCUUUAUUGCUCUAGUGAUCUUUUGUUUCCUUCCUCGCAAGAGUGAUUUUUUGUUGUAUUAUCUUAGUCUAGCCCUUUUGGUUUCCUAGUGUUUAGCCUAGUGUUUUUUCAGCCUCAUAGGAGCGUCCUUAGUUAAUGUUUUCAUAGCCUUUUGUUUUCUCCUCGUUGUGAGUGAUUUUGAUUUCGUUAAUCUUUGAUAAACUUAGUUCAGAGUUUUUUUCCUCCUCGGAGUGAUUUUUUUGUUUGUUUGUUUCUCUUAGUUUAGGCCUAUUUUUAUAGCCUCACUCUUUCGAAGGUUCUUGAAGACCUGAAUAAAGCUACGCUCAGCCCAACUCUGCGUCUGAGUCCUCAUUGAGUCCCGGCCUGACAGUGUCAUGGUUACCAACAUUCCUUCACAUGCUCAGCUGCCUGUGAGUUCUUCCCCUGGAGGACGGGAUCAUCAGUGAAAACGGCAGUGUCAGGGAGUAUGCUGUUCCACUAAGAGACAAGAGACAAAUCCACAGAGGCAACAGCAUCGAGAUUCAUAUUUCUGAGGCUCUGUGCCUCCUCCAACAUGUUUCACCUGCUGCUCUACCUUACUGCAGUCCUCCAUCUGAGUACCUGUGGCUCCAUGGAGCUUUGCCAGGGAGACUAUCAGUGUAUCCUGUGCACUGUGACUGGCCCCUCUGUCGUUGAUGUCCAUGGCAUUGUUAACUCUGUCGAGGAUCGGUGUGGGUACACUCUGAUGAAAACCUCAUCAAUCCCAGAUCUUCAAGUUCGCACGACAUUCCAGGAACGACGUCGUACAGAUGUUAGUUUUUUGGACACUGUGAUCCUGUCUCUAGACACGUUGGGUGUUCAAAUUAAUCUGGAACAAGGUGGGAGAGUUAAGCAAGGUAACACAGUAAUGAAUUUCAACACCACAACGGUUCACGGUGUGGAGCUCUCUAAGGACCAGACUGGAGUGACUGCCAAGAUGUCCCACUCAAACUACACAAUGUCUGUUUUCUUUGAUGGCUACACUGCCCAGAUACACAUUAAAGGACCAAGCGGACAAGUUCCCUUUGUGGAGGGUUUAUGCGGCAACUCCAGCAUCAGUGAAGCAAGGCUCUCUGAUAACGCUGACAUAUGUGAGACGAAGUAUGAAGGCACCAAUGACACUACGAUCAACUGCAGCAAAUCAACUGAACGGUGUAAUCUCCUGCCUUCCAUCGCUUGUCACAUCAACCCAGAGCCCUAUGUAACUGCUUGCACCAACACUUUGUGCAAAUAUCCUGCCGUGGACGGCCUCAAUUGUCAGUUCCUGGAGGCCUAUGCCAGGGCCUGCAGCCUGUACAGCAAUGGCACACAAGACGGCUGGAGGUCAAUGGCCAACUGCCUUGCAACUCCUCAGGCGUUCUGUCAGGACCGAUUCUGCAGUGCUCACGAGUUCUGCGGUGAUAAUUUCUUAAAUGGUGGAACACGAUGUCACUGUCGGGCCAUAUUUGCCUCCCCAUACAGAUCUGAAAACACUUUAGGUGAUCCAGUGGUCUGCAAUGAUACAGCUAAGUUGGCUACUCUGGUUGGUUGUCUCCUGGAGGACAAAGGUAUCCACUAUACUGACUUACACCUCUAUGACAAGACCUGCAAAGCUCAAAUGGACGACGUGACCCACAUGGUUACCAUAGGCUUCGACACCAAAACCAAUCCAUGUGGGACGAUGAUCAGAAUGAACAAUGAAAACCAAACUAUCAACAAGAAUGGCAUCAUCCUGGAGAGCACCGGUGAGGAAGUGAUGGACUUCACCUGUCCGUUUGUUAUUCCAGAAAUAACCAUCGAUUUUUCAAUGGACAUCAAAGUCAAAGAGGGAUCCAGCAGCACUUCAGUUGCAUAUGUUACCUUUGGAAAUUGGACCUACACUCUGACCAUGAAGGCCUUCAUCGACUCGAGACGUACACAGCCUGUGGAUUCUAACACCUUGCUUCAUCUGAACCAGAGGGUCUGGUUUGAGUUGAAGGCGGACAUCAUAGAUUAUGAGAAGGUUGCUUUGGUGACGCAGUCUUGCUAUGCAACCAACGAACCAUUUGCCAAUUCGAGCCUGAGAUACAACCUCAUUGUAAAUGGCUGUCCGAGCUCUGCUGACCAAACCGUGAUCAUUGAGAGCAACGGAGAGUCAGCAUCCAACUACUUCUCCUUCAGAAUGUUCCGGUUCACUGGGAAAAAUGCAAACGUCUACCUGCAUUGCAACCUGAGCCUGUGUUUGAAUGAGAACAACUCCUGCAUCCCGAACUGCAGCCAGGAUAAGAGGAGACGUAGAUCUGCCAUGUAUAAACAUGAAGACAUAAACUCAGCACUUCUCGCCAUGGCCUGGAGUACUUAGGUUGUUUCCAUGAUGCCCGGUCAACAAGGUCUCGAUCUCCAGAAUUAUUCCAGAUCAAGAGUCCGGACGGCUGAAUAUCUUCGAUAAUACUACUUUUGAUUCUCUGUUCUCACAAAGUUGUGAUUUGGUGGAGGGCUCAAUUCUACAAUUUAUACUUGAACUAUCCUAAUACUGCUAUGGUGAAACUUGGUUGAUGAUCAUUACCACUCUCAUAUUUGAAAUUGGUCCAGUACAUUUGGCUGCAAAGUACAAUCCUUUAGAGUAAUUCCACACCAUCAGUGUACAUUCACUGUUUUGCUACUGAAAAACUCAGUGUCUAGCAACAUCAAGGGAAAGGUACAACAGAGAUAGAUUGUUUGUUAAAGUAUGAUAAUUUUUGUUUACCAUGAUAUCGCUCUGUUCAAACCCACCAGACUGCACUGGAAAAAAACAGUAAUUUUACAAUGCAGAAUACUGAAGCUGCUUGUCUAAUGCUGCCUUGAUUGGUUACUUUGUGUUAUUUUGUGACUGGUGAGUUUGAACUAAAAUGUUAAAACAUCAUAGCGAGUCAUGCAGUAACACAACACAAAAAAGUGUGUACACAUUGCAGUGUAUUUUAUAACUGCAGCUGCUGGACCAAUUUCAAAAAUUGUUAAUAAACAUUCAGUCACUAAAAUAUGGUUGAAAAAUACCUAUGUUUCCUUAUAAAGAUGAAGAAGAGUGAGAUGAGAAAAUACAUUAAAUAGAGGCCUGGAGUCAAGAUAUUACAGAAGCGUAUUGCAUUCACUUGAAAAAAAAUUAGACACCUUUUCUCGUAAUUAC